UCACGUUACAUCUUAGAAUUCCCUUUGCCUGCUAUAGGGGCUGUUAGGUAUGUUUUCCACCGAUAUCGCCUCAGGAUGCAUUUAAAAAUCAUACUUUAUUAUUAAUAAUGUGAAAUAUAGAGAGAUUAUUUACAAUUAUUAUUCUAUCAGUACUAUCACUUUUCCCUAAUAUUGACGCUCUAGAGCACUUGACAACAACAAUACAGGUAGAUUGUAAGCAAUUCGAACAGAAACAUAAUCCAAAUAUAUACUUUUUGUGGAUUCUCAAAUCUAAACAACUGGAUACACAAUCAACAAACCGAAAGUCUUACACCAGGAUUAUUUUAUCGUUAUUAUGUGUGUGUCAGUAUAUGAAAUGGACUGCGUUUUACAAUCCAGCUGAGGGGAAAUAAAAUAUUUAAACGGGGCUGCGGAAUUUAAAUAACUAGCCGUACUCGCUCCGCCGUGAAACAUUGCGCAGCAUGACAGUCACCGACGCCACCAGCAGGCAGUUUCAUUCACGGAAGGAGUAAGAAUCAUGUCGCUGCAGUUUAGUGAGGAGCAGUUUCAGGAGGCUUGGAGGGAACUGGACGACCCUCAGCUGAACGGGGGAUGGGAGCUUUUCACCGAGACCAUGGGUAUCAAAGUGUACCGGCUGUCCGACGAGGACACCGGCCUUUACAAGUACAAAGUCUUCGGUGUGCUUAAUGGGUGUCCGCCACAGCUGUGCGCUGAUGUCUACAUGGAUUUAGAGUACAGGAAGAAAUGGGAUAGUUAUGUCAAAGAGCUCUACGAGAAAGAAUGCAAUGGGAUAGUUGCCAUUUACUGGGAGGUUAAAUACCCAUUUCCCUUGUCAAACAGGGAUUAUGUAUAUGUCCGGGCACGGCGUGACCUGCACAUGGGCAGAGGCAGGAGGGUCUGGGUGGUGCUGGCAAAGUCUGUGAUGGUUGCACAAUACCCCGAGAAAAAUGGCGUCCUCAGGGUGAGCGACUACAAUCAGAGCAUCGCCAUGGAGAGUGACGGGGCUGAUGGGACACGAGUCUUCAUGACAUACUUCGAUAAUCCUGGCGGCAUGAUCCCAACCUGGCUUAUCAACUGGGCUGCUAAGACUGGCGUUCCUGCUUUCCUGACGGACAUGCAGAAGGCCUGCGAGAACUACCCCGAAUACUGCAGGAAGAACAGGACAUGAGUGCUGGCAGAAUCACUGUGGGGGUUGACAUUCUUCCACGACCCCAUUGAUUACAUCAGUUCCUCUGGGUUUACUGGUUUGACUGGCAUGUGAUGAGCAGUUGGGUGACAGUGGUGUCUAUGACGAGGCUUCAUGUCUGUUGGUGUUUUGUGGACUGUGCAGGGGGAAGGGGGUGCAAUCACUGACUCUGUUCUUGUGCAACAUUACGAGAGCAAAGGCUGGCCCAACAUCACGACAGUUCGGAGCUGCAUUCUUACGUUUUCCGUUACAUCGAACUCCCUCGGCGCCCAGCCACCACUGCCUCUCUCUGCGUUUAUAACCCCUCCCUCCUUCAGGUUUCCGUGCCCUGUGGCUGGUGUUCAUCCACGGGGGAAAUUCACACCCGACUAAGUUUGGCUGCUAGGAGGCGUCAACAGCACAACCUCUCAUUUUACCUGCCCUGUUUACUCUCGUGUCUGUGUGUGUGCCUGGUUGCUUUUUAAUUAGUUUAUUUACAAGAAAAUGGCAGUAGGCGGGUAUGUUUUGGGCCAUUCUGUCUGUAACUUGUGUAUUUCAGGAGAUGUACUCACCCUUUUUUGAAAUUGGUUGUGGAUAAAAUCAUUAAUUAAUGUUUUGCACUGAAAUAGAACAGAGAUAUGUAUGACUAUAAAUUAUUAAACGUUUACGUUAUUUUCUUUUUCCUUUUUAUGAAAUAAAAUAUGCUGCUUCCAGAA